AUGUCGACAGGCAUUGUGAAUGGUGUCCAGAAACAGCGCUAUGCCGACAGAGAAGACUUCAUAGCGCUUGAUAAACAGUCCCUUAUAGAAUAUCACAAGUGGUCAAAUCAUGAUAAACAGUCCCUUAUAGAAUAUCACAAGAGGUCAAAGCUUGAUAAACAGUCCCAUAUAGAAUAUCACAAGAGGUCAAAGCUUGAUAAACAGUCCCUUGUAGAAUAUCACAAGAGGUCAAAGCUUGAUAAACAGUCCCUUAUAGAAUAUCACAAGAGGUCAAAGCUUGAUAAACAGUCCCAUAUAGAAUAUCACAAGAGGUCAAAGCUUGAUAAACAGUCCCUUGUAGAAUAUCACAAGAGGUCAAAGCUUGAUAAACAGUCCCUUAUAGAAUAUCACAAGAGGUCAAAGCUUGAUAAACAGUCCCUAGUAGAAUAUCACAAGAGGUCAAAGCUUGAUAAACAGUCCCAUAUAGAAUAUCACAAGAGGUCAAAGCUUGAUAAACAGUCCCAUAUAGAAUAUCACAAGAGGUCAAAGCUUGAUAAACAGUCCCAUAUAGAAUAUCACAAGAGGUCAAAGCUUGAUAAACAGUCCCUUAUAGAAUAUCACAAGAGGUCAAAGCUUGAUAAACAGUACCUAGUAGAAUAUCACAAGAGGUCAAAGCUUGAUAAACAGUCCCAUAUAGAAUAUCACAAGAGGUCAAAGCUUGAUAAACAGUCCCAUAUAGAAUAUCACAAGAGGUCAAAGCUUGAUAAACAGUCCCAUAUAGAAUAUCACAAGAGGUCAAAGCUUGAUAAACAGUCCCUUAUAGAAUAUCACAAGAGGUCAAAGCUUGAUAAACAGUCCCUAGUAGAAUAUCACAAGAGGUCAAAGCUUGAUAAACAGUCCCAUAUAGAAUAUCACAAGAGGUCAAAGCUUGAUAAACAGUCCCAUAUAGAAUAUCACAAGAGGUCAAAGCUUGAUAAACAGUCCCUUGUAGAAUAUCACAAGAGGUCAAAGCUUGAUUAA